UAUAUAUCCCAAUGCGUCAUUCCACUCCCCCUUCCAGAUUCCUCCAACAUCGCCAAUCACCUCCUACAUCUAUCACGGUGUCUAUCCGGACUGACCAGUGAAUGAAUGGCUAAGCACAUUUCAUCCAAAGCAUCACUGGCCAGAUUGAGGCGGAACUCAACACACUGCGCGUGCCUUUGCCUCCCUCGCUCGCUCGCAAACUGAGCUUCUCGAUUCAGUCUGCCAUCGAACUGGUCUCGAGUCCACCUCCCCCUUCACCUAACCUUCACAUCCUUUUUCUUUUUCCUGAUAUAAUCUGCGGAUGCCUUCUCGACAUGAGUUGUGCUACAUACUUUUCCUUAAACUUUUCGUGUUUUUCAUGUUUUAAAUUUUGAUUUCGCUCCUUGCGGCAGCUUUCCGGAUCUUUCGAGGCCAAUUUCCUUGAUACACAUCCCGGACGAAAAUCGAAAAUACCUCCCUGAGUUAACAUGAAUUCUUCUGCGGCAGUCCUGCUGGACCCGAAAGCUUUUAAAAAGCAGCCGGCGAAAAGCUCAAGCUCCAGCUCUCCCCGACCCGCUAGUGCGCCCUCGGGAACAGCCUUCGAUCCCAGAGUGUUAUUAAGCCCUCGAAGCUUGAAAGCGCGCAAGCCAGGAACAAAUGCUAGUGCACCAGUAUCUCAGACGCCUACUACUCCGCAACACAGCAGCGAUAACCAGAGCUAUUCUGCCUCGGCUGGAAACGCGAGUGAUUCCCAAAGCGAGAAGACGGAUUCAACGCGUGGGUUGGAGCCGAGUCGGUUUGACCGUCAUAGAACUAUGAUUGAAAAUAUGUAUGGGGUUGAAGAGCGCGGAGUUCAACCACAGAAACGGAUAAAACGCGACGCGAAUCGCCAUGCUAGUAGUUCGGAGCAGAAGUUCGCUUCCAGUGCUAGACGGGGGCUGGCGGAUUAUAUGAAGGAACGUUCGGGAGCCAGUACUCCGUCACUGUCUGAAGUGGCGAUGAUAGAUCUUACAAGAGAUGACAAAAAUGAAGAUGACGAUGUGGUUUUUCUUGGUAAUAAGGAUUUAGGAAUGGAGGAGGUCUGCUAUGGAAGAAUUGAAGGCGCGAUGGUUUACGCUCACCAAGUUCCUCGUUCAAUGAAGUCGGUUUUUGGCGCCACAUCAUCUGAUUGGCCCUCUAUUCGAUGUCAACUUUUUCGUACUCGCGGCCCAGAUACAAGGAUUGAGGUUGCAGACCCUUCACAAAAUGUAUUUGGGAUCAUUGACCAUCGAGUUUCAGCAGCCUUAGUGCCGCUUCUGGACUCGACAAUCUUCAAGGUGCGGACUCAAGCUCGGCUCGACGUCCGCAGGAAAAAGGAAAACGAAUGGCCGGGGCAAGCUUGCUCGGAGAUAUACCGCAUAACUAUAAACCUCUACGGUCCCAGGAAGAUGGCCGACGGGAUCGGGAAGCAUCUUGGCCAGAAGAACGUUUGGCUAGGGACGCCCAACUCAGUUGAAGCUGGGAUGUCGACCUACAACCCCCAUGCCGAGAGACGCCUUGUUCGAGCGGCGAGUACCGCGAAUCGACUUGCAGUCCAAUCAGAAACACGGACAGCAGAAGAAAUUAACAGUGCUGUCACGAAAAUGCUCGAUCAGUUGACUAGCGCUGAAAAUAUUCCGCAAAUGGAGCCGCCUGCUUCGAUAAAAACGCCUCUACUUGCACAUCAGAAACAAGCGCUGUGGUAUAUGUUACAUAAGGAAAAGCCCCGAACGUUUGGUGAAAAGGAAGAGGAAAACAAUUCUUUAUGGAGGAUCCAUUACCAGUCGAACGGCCAAAAGUGCUAUCGCGAUAUUAUCAGUGGUGUUACGUUGUUCGAGGAGCCACCACAAGUUUAUGGAGGCUUAUUGGCGGAUAUGAUGGGUUUGGGGAAGACGUUGAGUAUUCUAUCGCUUGUCAUAUCUACCCAUCUCGAGUCAUUAGAGUGGGCAUUACACACCGUCGACAAGAGAUUAUUGAACAAUCCUGCAGCACGGAAUGUAAAAAGCACCCUUUUGGUUUGCCCUCUAAGCGCAGUAGGGAACUGGGUUAACCAGAUCGAGGAACACCUGGAGGAGGAUGCUCUGUCAUAUUAUGUCUUUCAUGGACCUACAAGAACAGAGGACCCGGAUGAAUUAUCAAAGUACGACCUCAUCAUCACUACUUACAGCACAAUACUCAGUGAACUAUCUGGCAAAAGCACGAAGAGAGGAACUAGCCCUCUCACCCGUAUGAACUUGUUCCGUAUCGUUCUCGAUGAAGCACACGCUAUCAGAGAACAAAGCGCUGCUCAAUCCCAGGCUAUAUUUGCGCUAAAUUCUCAAUGCCGUUGGUCGGUCACUGGAACACCGAUCCAGAACCGACUAGAAGACUUAGCGUCUGUCACGAGGUUUUUGAGGCUCCAUCCGUACGUGGAGAAGGCUCAGUUUGCGGCUUACAUUAUUGCUCCAUUUAAGUGUGAGAAUCCGAAGGCAAUCCCGAAUCUCCGCAUGCUCGUUGAUUCGUUCACUCUCCGCCGCGUCAAAGAUCGCAUUAACCUACCACCUCGCCAUGACAAGGUCAUCACCUUGACGUUUUCGGAGCGCGAAAAGAUGCUCCAUGAGUUCUUUAGAAAGGAGUCUAACGUAAUGAUGAAUGUAAUUGCUGGCGAGAGCAAAGAAAAGAUGCGAGGGAAAAUGUAUCAUCUAGUUUUAAAGGCGAUGAUGGUUCUGAGACAAAUUAGUGCUCAUGGAAAAGAACUCCUCGAUCAACAAGACCGGGACAGGUUUAAAGGGUUAAGUGCCACUGACGCUAUUGAUUUGGAGCAGCCAACUGACGAGGAUUCUUUAACCGUCACGGAGAAAAAGGCAUAUGAAAUGCUCGCCCUGAUGAAAGAGUCGGCCGCAGAUGUGUGUGCAAGAUGUGGAAACACCAUCACGCUCCAAUCUCCAGAAGAUAGCCCGAGCGAUAAAGAUCCACUCAUGGCAGCCAUGCUACCAUGCUAUGAUACUGUUUGCGCAGAGUGCUUCCCGCCAAUUCAACAAGUUUUCAAUGAAAACGCAGGCAAACGAUCCCAGCUUUGCUGCACAUUCUGCAAAGGCCUAAUUCCCGUAACAUAUUCAGCCAUUACGUGUCGGGGCUUUGAGAAAUUCCAAGCAUCCCAAUUAUCCACAAGACAUAAUCCCAAACAAGCUAAGAAAUUCGGCCAGUACGAAGGACCGCAUACAAAAACCAAAGCGCUCAUCUCACACCUCCUCGACACAGUGGAAGAAAGUAAGAAAGCGCCCGAUGAACCCCCGAUCAAAAGCGUCGUAUUCUCCUCCUGGACAUCGCACCUGGACCUAAUCGAAAUUGCACUAGAGGAUAACGGAAUCACUACUUUCACUCGCCUCGACGGCACCAUGUCUCUCAAACAGCGCAAUGCCGCCCUCGACGAAUUCCGCGACAACAACGACAUCACCGUCCUCCUCGCUACUCUAGGCGCGGGGGGCGUCGGGCUAAAUCUCACCUCAGGAUCUAGAGUGUACAUCAUGGAGCCGCAAUAUAACCCAGCAGCGAUUGCGCAAGCUGUGGACCGGGUUCAUCGCCUAGGCCAGACGCGUGAAGUGACGACCAUCCAGUUCAUCAUGAAGGAUAGCAUUGAGGAGAAGAUUGCGGAGCUGGCAAAAAAGAAACAGCAGAUGGCAGAUAUGAGUUUGAAUCGGAGCAGGUUGGAUAGGAGGGAGUUGCAGCAAGAGAGGAUGAAGGAGUAUCGGAAUCUGUUUACGUGAAAGUGAAGCUUGUGGUCUGGCUUGCCUCGCUUUUUACGGUCUUACUUUGCAUGUGGGAUCAUCGAACUGGAUUCCCGCUUUUUUCUUUUUUCUUUUUUCUUUUUUCUUUUUUCUUU